UUGAUAUUAUGUCGCGUUACCUAAGAAAAACCGGUUUGUAACAGGCCUGGAACAGGUCUCCCCCAUAUUUAAUGUUACAGGUGUGACGGGUUGUGGCGGUGUUCGUACAAAAGUAAUUAAACUGUUUACAGUCGUCACACUUAUAUCACUACAAUUAUAUCAAACAUAUACAGAUAAACUUCUGCACAUUUUUUCUGUUUUAGUUUGAAACAUAAUAAACAUUUCGUGUUGAAAAGUAAUGCCUACACCUCUUUCUAAUAGUGAUGUAUCUGGGUGUGUCGAGUAUAUAAACGUCACAUGACAUCACGUGGGAGCGCGCACCUGUCGAAGUCUUAUAUGCAAGUUCGUGUUUGAGCCUGGACGGUUUUAUCAGUUAGACCAAAACGUGAUUUCAACAUUAGGUAGUUGGUGUUUGAGCCUGAACGGUUUUAUUACUUAGAAACCGAACAAAACGUGAUUUCAACAUCAGACAUGGCGUCAAGAUUUGCAGAUGAAGAACAAACAUCAAUGAUUGGGGACGACAGAAUAUCCUGUCCCCUCUGUUUUGAGGUGUAUUCAGACCCCAGGACCCUGCCCUGUGGUCACACGUACUGCCUAAAGUGUUUGCAGGACCAUAUUUCUGCCAGUAUCAGUCGUGGCUACGCCUCAAAAUGUCCCCUCUGCAAUGGUGCCAUCCUAAUCCCAGACCAGACACAACCGGAAAGCUCGUGGGCCGCACAGUUCCCUCGUGCUCUGGCACUGGUGGACGCCAUAGAUCAAGUGAAGAUUUUGAAACAGCGUGAUGCCCCUUCCGCACUGAAACAGCCACUAAAAAAUGCUUUACAGUUAGUCUGCAAGACGCUGCGAUCAUUUUGCGGAAUUCUUGACGAUAACAUCAAGAAUGAAGUGGACCGAUUACAGUCUGGUCUGGCAGUCAGCGCGGCGGAGGUGUCUGGAGAGAUCGACCGGAGAGGGGCGGAGAUAAUCCAGAAACUAACAGAAACUGUCCACGCGGAGCAGAACAGGCUGAAGAAAUAUUUAGAAACUUCUGUACUAACUACUAACAAUGACAUAGACACAAUAUUCACUAAAGAUAAACAUUUAUUGCAAAAAGGAAAAGAAAACUUAAAACUGGGCGAAAACCUCAUAAAAUCAGGGUCAGAUUCUGAAAUCAAAACAAAUCUUUCUAAAUUACAAAAAAUAGCUUCAGAAAUUUCUCAAACAAAUCCUAAAACUGAAAUUCCCGAGUUAAAAAUUACUUUGACCGACUCGAAAAAGAAAAACACUGAAACUUUUUCUGUUGACAUUGGAGAAAUAUUAAAACCUGACAUAAAAUCUCUGACAGACAAACUGACACUGACAGACACCCGGACAGACAGGCAGACAGACAGACUGACACUGACAGACACCCGGACAGACAGGCAGACAGACAGACUGACACUGACAGACACCCGGACAGACAGGCAGACAGACAGACUGACACUGACACAGACAUUUCACACAAAGAUAUCAUCAGAUAAACGUGAUCCUUGUCUAUAUUCCAUCGCGGUGCUGGGAGGGGAAAGAUCUAAGAAAAUUGUUGUAAGUGAUUUCAACUCCUGUGUAAAAUAUUUUUCUGUUGACAACUUUAAACUGAUUAAAUACGAUCUUCCCAGUGAACCAUGCGGCCUUGCUAGGUCACGUGACCAGCAGGUUGUUGUCGUCCUGCCAGGAAACGUCAAAUAUUAUAUCUGGAUAUACAAGAUGACAUCCGCCUGACAAACACACUGAACACUGAGAAACAGUACAACUUCAUAUCAGUGUUACCUAGCAACCGUCUGGCGGUCACUGAGUGGGGUGGUGAGUGUGUAGACAUACUGGAUGAGGGGGGUCGCGUCAUUCAGUCUCUCCCCCGCGACUUGAUCCCCCGCCCCUCGUGUCUCACAGUGAAAGGCGACUCUCUGGUUGUUGUAUCAGAGGACAACAGUUUGAAAUGUGUGACGUCAUCAGGACGCGUCACGUGGCAGUCACGUGAUUCAGCAAGGCUACGUCAUCUACUCGGUGUCGCGUGUGACAUGGAAGAGUUUGUUUAUGUUUGUGAUUGGGAGAGAAAUUGUAUUGUCCAGUUGUCACGUGACGGAGAGGUCAUCCGUGACGUCAUCACGGACCAGGAUGGAUUGUCCGAACCUCUGUCUGUCUGUUGUGACCAGGAUAAACUUUAUGUCGCCCAGAGAGAUGGAGACGUUAAAAUAUUUAGAUGGCUGACAGCGAACCCGUGAAACUCUUCAGACUGACUUUGUGUUUGUGAAACGAGACGGUUUAAAAUGGCGAAACAGAUCAAAGACUUUAACACUUUUAGUAAAUGUCCGUCAAACUUCUGAUAAUUAAUACAUUAGCUAAUUAAUUCUCACAAUCUAAUUAAAAACAAUGUCUGCUAAUAUUAUACACAAAAGACAAUUACAAGUUUUAUAUUAAUGACAACUGAACGGUUCGCACCAUUUACUAAUUAAUUUAAUUAAACAAUUAAACAUCUUUUAUUAACCUAAAAUCAGCAAGAAAAUAUGUAAAAACAACAAAGAAAAAUUAUUAUUAUUAAUUAAUUAAUUAAUUAAAUUGUUUUUACCUGUUCACACCUGAAUCCUUUGAUGUUGAAACACAACAGAAAAUAUGAAAUCCAACAACGCGAAACAUUUCACACAUUUCUCCACAUCCAGAAAUAAUUAAACUCAUCCAUUUGAAAAAAAAAAAAAUUUCCACAUCCAGAAAUAUUUAAGAAAUCUGAGAAAUAUUUAAUCACAUCCAUUGUUGUAAGAAAUCCACAUUUCUGAAGAAUUUUUAUCUUUUUAAUAUCACAUCCUCUUUCAAACAAAUUCAUUCUUUCUUCUUUGUUUUUAAUUGAACACAUCCAUGAAUUUUGUAUGAAAUUAUUUGUGAAAACCUUUCAACAUUAAAAAUUCCAUUAUUUGUUUGUUAAAUCCUUUCCCUGUAAUAUUUCACAGUUUAUCUCCUGUAAGAAAUCUCUCUGCAGAUUGUAAAAUAUUUUCUUUCUUCACGUCCACAUUUUCCUCCUCCAAUCUCGAACAUCGAGACCCAAAGUCUUGUCCAGUGACGUCAUCUUUCGUUCCUCCAGAGAAAUUAGAAAAUUCAUCAAAACAAAGUAAUUUUUUCAAUAAUUCUAUUCGCGAUUUUCUCUUUCACUCAGGCAGAUUAGAGAAAUCACCAAAACCAAGUCUUCUUCACUGAUGUCGACUGUGAAAUCAAUAAAACACAAAUAAAAUACGUUCUGCCUCUACUGAAAUGACAAACUUCCCGUCACGUGGUCGACUGGGCCAGGGUUAGUUGGGGUGGGUGAUGGGGGUGAAGGGGAGGCUGUAAGACGAUAUAAAAACUCGAAUGUAAUCCUCAAAGACCGCAAAAAGUAAAUUUCAUUUGAAAUUUCUGGAUCCAUAUCAAGUUCUAAUAGUUAUGUACACCAGUACAAAAUCCCCCCCCCCCCCAAAAAAAAAAAAAAAAAAAAAAAAAAAUAAAA